UUUAUAAUAAAUCUCUAAUAAAGUUAUUGAAAAGUUUAUGUACAAUAAUAAUGAAAGAACUUUAAUUAGCGUGUUUGAAGUGUGUUGUUAAGUGAACAAAAGACAAUUAAAGAAAUGGAAGUAGCUCAGACACCGUUACAAUUGACGCAGGAUCAUCAAGAUGGCCGAAUAAGAGAUGAUAAUACGUCUCCACUCCGCUGGUCACCACCUACAUCGGCAGCAUUGGUCGCUGCUGCAUUGGCGCCGCCAGCACUCCGUCCCUGGCUACCAGAUCCGCCUUCUAAGAAGACCAACCAUUUGGGCCUCGUAUGUGUGGUCUGCGGGGACACCAGUUCGGGGAAACACUACGGCAUCCUCGCCUGCAACGGAUGUAGUGGAUUCUUCAAGCGAUCUGUAAGGCGGAAACUUAUAUAUAGAUGCCAAGCCGGGACAGGGCGAUGUGUGGUGGACAAGGCACACAGAAACCAAUGCCAAGCGUGUCGUCUCAAGAAAUGCCUCGCUAUGGGCAUGAAUAAAGAUGCUGUCCAAAAUGAACGGCAACCACGCAACACGGCUACCAUCAGACCUGAGGCCCUCAGGGAUAUGGAUCAGGAGCGAGCGCUCAGGGAAGCCGCCGUUGCAGUUGGAGUCUUCGGUCCACCAGUGUCAUUGGCGAUGGCGCUGUCUCCCGCGCGGUAUCCGCUGCUAUCGCCACAUUAUACUGCGUUGCCCCCACCACAGCCGAGCCAACAGCCACAACCGGACUCCUCCCACGACAAUAAUGAGGAGAACAACCAGCAUACUGACAGCGAUGAUGACAGCAUCGAUGUCACGAACGAGGAAGAUUCCACGUCGUACUCGCCCCCCUCCGUGACCAGUUACCCGCAGAAUUGUGUUCCAUACAGACCUCUUGGUGUUGAGAGUGCCGCAGAGACGGCUGCUAGACUUCUCUUCAUGGCCGUGAAAUGGGCCAAGAACUUACCGUCUUUCGCCAGUCUCGCCUUCAGAGAUCAGGUGAUCCUUCUAGAAGAAGCGUGGUCAGAGUUAUUCCUCUUGAAUGCUAUACAGUGGUGUCUACCGCUCGACGCUGCGUGCGCUGCUUUGUUUGGCAGUGACCAAAUUGACCAAGAGACGGGCAUCACAUCAGCAGCGUUGCGUCGGCUCCGCGAGGUGUUAGCGCGCUACCGGGCCGUGCUAGUCGAUCCUGCAGAGUUCGCCUGCAUGAAAGCUAUUGUCCUCUUUAAAUCAGAAACUCGAGGCCUGAAAGAUCCGCUCCAAAUUGAAAAUCUCCAAGAUCAAGCACAAGUGAUGCUGAUGACGCAUGCCAGGACCGCGCACGGUGCUGCUCCGGCCAGGUUUGGGAGGUUACUUCUUCUACUUCCCCUAUUAAGACUCGUCAGCCCCCAACAGUUGGAGAGGGAGUUCUUCGCAAAGACCAUAGGACAGACACCAAUGGAAAAAGUCUUAGCUGAUAUGUACAAAAAUUAGGCCAGAGAAGAUCAUCUUAUGAAAUCGAUGGCCUAAAAUUUGCCCACAUACGGAUCUGGAUUAAUCUAAAAGGGCCACUUUAGUAAUUUGUUAUAGUCCCUGAAGGUUAUAAAUCUUUAUGUACAUGAAUCAUAAUAGAAUUUGCUUUGUAUAACACGCCCAUGUAAUUGUACUACUCCAUUAAGUGUUAUGCUUUUAGCGCAAAAGGCCUAUUAAAUUCGGCGGGUUAUGUAAAGCCAAUCCUGUUUUGAAUCGUGAAGUUGGGCUUUUUAAUCCUCUGUCUUUAAUUGCCUGUGUAAACGAGAGACUUUUCGACUGUGGACAACAUUUUUGUUUUUGUUUUACCUUCCCCCUUUUUUAAGUCCUACGAAAAAUAAUCCUCGACGUACAUUCUAGUCCGAUCAUAAGAAAUCCUCUCAAAUUGCAUGCUAUAUCCUACACGUGCUAUGCAAAUAGAGG